AUGCCGUCCCAUCCGUCCAGGAUCCCUGUCAGGGAGUCACGCAGAAACGCAGACUCUCUCUCCUUGGACGUCAGCGCUCAGUCUACUCCCACCACGACUGAUCCGACAGACACGCGCCGCCAUGCCAUCUGCGGCACUCCACCCGGCGCCGAAAGCCUCCGGGGCCUGGAAACCGCAGGAGAAGAGCAGCAGCAGCACGUCGACGUCGACGUCGAUAGCACGUUCGUCGCCCAGGAGUGGGACGACGACGCGAGGAAGCUGACGCCGGAGGAGAUCAGCCAGCUGGGAGAGGGAGAGGGAGAGGGAGAGGGAGGACAACAGGGGACUGAAGGCCCCGUAGCUGUGUCCGCCCUCGCCGGCUUCGACAGCCCUACCGAGGUCGCUCAGCAGAGACAGCCAGCGGCGGCCCGCAGGUUCAGCUGGACCACUGGGGACACGGCGCUUUUCUGCAUCCGCAGGCUCACACCCGCCAGCGGUGGCAGUGGCAGCUCUACAUCCAGUAGUAGCAGUGGUAGUAGCGGUGAUGAAACACUGCCUGAAGACGUCCCGCUCCCGCCGUCGCCAGUCGACUCUCUGCUCAGCAGCUCGCAGGCGCAAGACCAUCUCUCCACUCUCUCCUCCUCCUCCACCGCCGUCGAGGACCAGCACGCCCCACCACCCCCCGAAUCCACGCACUCCAACCUCUCUGGCUCCACGCUCGUCGACGACAGCGGCGGCGCCAUCGAGGACACCUCAACGGCGGGGAACCCCUCCGUUGCUGCUCAGCCCUCGACGCCGCUGACGCCGCUGACGCCGCUGCGGCGACGGGCACUCAGCGAGUCGGCGCUGCCAUCCGCUACCCAUUCCGGCGUCGGCACUGUUGUGAGCGAGCAGCCACCACAGCGUGAGGCGACUACGGCGUACGAGACUGCGCCGAGGAGGCGGGUGGAGAGGAGGCGGAGGGUAUUAGGGUUGAGGAAUUUGUUUCUUUGUGGGCGGUAG